AUGAAUAAUAGAAGGAGAGGUAGAAGAACAACGAUUACAAUCAAUACUAGAGUAAAAGAAAAUCCUGGUGAAUUUCGCAUUGACAAUGGAAUUUUAUUUUGUAAUUUUUGUGACCAUUCUGUUGAUUGGAUACGAAAGUCAACGGUUGAUGACCACCUUAAUAGUAAAACACAUAAAGCUAAGAAAAAUCUAAAACAUUGUAAAGAAGGUGCUGCUAUCCCACAAGCAGCAACAUUACGUCAACUGUAUAAUCGCAAAAUUGCUGCAGAAUGCAUAAAUGUUAUAACGGAAAUUAUACAGAAUAUAGUGUUUUUUUAA